GCCACCCAGCCACCCAGGCCCGCCGGCCCUGCUCGGCGAGCGCACCAUGGCGGGCCCCGCGUCCCGGCGGCGGUUGCGGCGGCUGGCAGCGCUGGCCCUGCUCCUGGCGCUGGCCCCGGGGCCCCCGGCAGCCUGGGCCGGGCAGGUGCCGCGCCCCGCCGAGCGGGGGCCCCCGGUGAGGCUCUUCACGGAGGAGGAGCUGGCCCGCUACGGCGGGGAGGAGGAGGAUCAGCCCAUCUACAUGGCAGUGAAAGGAGUGGUGUUUGAUGUCACUUCUGGAAAGGAGUUUUAUGGACGAGGAGCCCCCUACAAUGCCUUGACUGGGAAGGACUCCACCAGAGGGGUGGCCAAGAUGUCUCUCGACCCCGCAGACCUCACCCAUGACACUACGGGCCUCACGGCCGAGGAGCUAAAAUCCCUAGACGACGUCUUCACCAAAGUGUACAAAGCCAAGUACCCCAUCGUGGGCUACACGGCCCGGAGGAUUCUCAACGAGGACGGCAGCCCCAACCUGGACUUCGAGCCCGAAGACCAGCCCCAUUUUGACACAAAAGACGAGUUUUGAUAUUCCUGGGAUUGUGUUCCUGAUGGGGCGCGGGGCAGGGAGACCCUCAGCUGCCCGAGCCUCUGGGCACCCGGACCCAAAUAAACCAGACGUUGAACCGGGAACCCUGAA